UUUUUUCAAUUUGUUGUUUGUUGCCUCAACUUUUAUUGUUACAUAUGUCGCAUAAUUUUGUUCAUUUUAACAUUUUCUUUAUUUUAUGUCAUAAUCAUUUAAGUAUUGUGAUCAUUUAGUAGAUUAAUAUAUUUUGAUUUUUGUGAAUAAAAAAUCGAUGAAUUUUUUAAAUUUUUAAUCUUCAUGUUUCUAACAUUUUUUAUAUCUUUUUAAAUCAAAACCUCUAUUUUAUAGAUAUUUAGAUGAAAAUAAACGAGCACGAAUCAAUAAUUGGACAAUCCUGUAUUCUCGUUCCAUAUUGUUCUAAACACGUCCAAAAAUACAAUGGUUGGAUGGAAAAUGAAGAAUUAUUAAUUGCAACAUCUUCAGAACCUUUAACUCUUGUGGAAGAAUAUGAAAUGCAAAAAAAGUGGCAAGAAGAUUCUGACAAGUUAACUUUCAUUAUAUUGGAUAAACAAACAUUUGAAGCAACUGGUGGUGACGACGAGAUUGGUUCUAUGGCUGGUGAUGUCAACGCAUUUAUUUGUCAGCAAAACGAAGAAGAAGAGCCAACAACUUUUGAAAUUUCUGUAAUGGUUGCUGAACAAAAAUGUCGAAAUAAGGGAAUAGCAAAAGAGGCUUGUUUAUUAAUUAUCAAUUAUAUUCUAAAAAGAAUUAAUUCUGCUUCUAAUUUUAUUGCAAAAAUUUCUUUAAACAACAAAUCAAGUAUUUGUUUAUUUAAAAAACUCGGAUUUAAAGAAGAAUCAUUUUCUGAUGUUUUUCAAUUAUUUACUUUUAAAUUAAAAAAUUGUGAAGCAAAAAAGAUUGAAGAAAUUCAAAAAGAAUUAAAAAUUGUUUAUUAUAAUUGA